GGGUGCGAAGAAGAGAGGUGGUAGAAAAUAUUUUCGUUCUUUUAUUUUCCUAUUAUUUUGCGAGCAAGAUACUGAGGAAGGUGUGUUGUGAUUUCGGUAUUUGUGUAAUUCUUUUGAUUUUGAGAUUGAAUUGAUGGUAAAAUUGUAAAUAUAAUAAUGUGGAGCUGAGCGCGCCGACCGUUGGCGAGUGAAGUGAGGUAUAGAGACACGAUCGCUGUAGGCAGAAACAAGGUAUAUAGGUACAGGGUUAUAGGUAUAUAGUGGCGGAGUGGAGACGGACCUGAGCAGUGCGCGUAGAUCAGUGGUUUGCAGUGGACGACGACGGAUCGGAUGGUGGUGCGCUUGUGGUUGCGUUGCGAGCCCCUACGAAAUUCGAAUUUCCCGCCGCCGAGCGUUUGGCAAGUGACUGUCGGCCGGGUCGUGUCGUUGAUGUCAGUAGUGAAGGAAAAUGGCCGCCAGCGACGAUGAACCUAUGCAUCAUUUAUACGAAGUUUUCACCACUUGUUUUAACAAAAUAGCAAACAAAGCGCCAGAAAAGCCGGGAUUCCAGCCUCCUUAUGGGGUCAUAGACAACGGCAUGGCAUAUGCUCUUAGUCCUGCUGGUCCAGGGUAUUCGGGUGCGAGUCCAACACAGGCGACGGGGGAGCCAUUCGCGGCGGAUAGUCCUUAUUUUCCCUUCAGCGCGCGACCCGUGAGCAGGCUAUCUCCAGCGAAAGCCAAAGUCACACCGAGGCCUCCGAAAGAAGAACCCCAGCAACCCGCCACGGCCAUCGACAACCAGCAAUGGGUGUAUGGUUCGGACGAGUUCCACGAUUCCCCCAGAUACACGUCGCCGGCGACGGGGACGUCCGGUUACUACCUAGGAGGCGCGGACGGUGCGCCCGGCUCCGUCGGAGAAUGGUCGACGACGUACAGCACGCCGUACCAGUACGAAGCCUAUGGAAUAACAUUAACACCUGAAACCGAAGGACAAGGGCUACCGCCUAUGUCUUCAUUCCGUGCCAAUGGGACCCCAGCUACGACAGCUCCUCCGACGAAUCCUCCCUUCACACAUACAGACGGCAUCAGCAAAGCGCUGAGUGCGAUGUACCCUUUAGCAGAACAGGCUAGCGCAAGUAGUUAUAGUUCUGCACCAUCGACGCCGGUCAGUUCGCCACCUCCUUUAGCUCCAUCGGGAUGGAUCACAAAUCACAAUGCAACACAUUCUCCACACUACACACAGGCUGUGACCAACAGCGGAGCAGCUCAGGGUUUACACAUGCCCCCCGCUCCAGAAGCUCAACGUUUAGACGAUGCCAUCGGCUUCUUAAGGGACCAUGCAGAGGUUGUUAGCGGAACACGUAUGGAAGAAAGACUAGACGAUGCCAUAAAUGUUUUGCGGAACCACGCAGAAUCGCAGCUGGGAAUGGGACAAUUACCUCCGAAUCUGGGUGGACCACCGCAGAUGACAACGUUAGGUGCGUACGCACCACCACCACCUGAAUCACAUUUAGCCGCUCCUAUUAAAGUUGAGCGAGAUACGUACAACAUCAAGAAACGCAAGGAACCUCCAGAUAGCGAUACGAAACCCUCGAGUUCAGUAGAGAGUGCAAAUUCAACUAGCGGUAUUCCUGGUGGCAAAAAUAGUAAACGACCUAGGAGAUACGCGACAGACGAGGAGGAAACUGACGAACCUGGAAACAAGGCCGUGCGUGAGAAAGAACGCAGGCAGGCCAACAAUGUUCGGGAACGUUGUUCCAGUGCGGAUGAAACGGAAGAGGGUGAUUUAGAUCCCGACGUUAAAGCUCAAAGAGAAAAGGAGAGGAGGCAGGCUAAUAAUGCCCGAGAAAGGAUACGUAUCCGUGAUAUUAACGAGGCGCUAAAGGAAUUAGGGCGAAUGUGUAUGGCACACCUGAAGACGGAUAAACCUCAAACCAAGCUAGGCAUCUUAAAUAUGGCCGUAGAGGUGAUAAUGACGUUAGAACAACAAGUUAGAGAAAGGAAUUUAAAUCCAAAGGCAGCUUGCCUAAAGAGGCGAGAAGAAGAGAAAGCGGAAGAUGGACCGAAACUGGGUCCUGGACCUCCUCAUCACAUGUUAUCCGCGUCUUCUCACUACCCCACCAUACCUGGACCUCCGCCAAACUUGCCUCACAAUCCCGGCCAGCCACAAUAGCAUUGCUAGUGGUUCCGUUUUGUUUUUAUGUUUAUUUUUUAUUUAAAGUUUUCUAAAUAGGACUAAACUAUUUGCUAGUGGUUGGAACUCCAAAAUGUACAUACUACACAUGUUCGUACAAAUAACGGCAUCCAUUUCUCAUCCAUUCGUCAUAAUGUCAUAAAUUAUAUUAUAUUUUUUUAAAAAGAUAUGAAUCGUUCGGUAGUGAUACUGUGUAAUAAUUCUUAAUUUUCAUCGUUUAGUUAUUAUUUUAGAACAAUUCUACUAUACCUACGUACGAAACAAAAGCAAAGAAACAAAUGAAAGAAGAACAACGUUAUUUUUG